AAGUGACUCCCCGGAAGAAGCAUGGUUGCUCCCCAGAUCGGACCGGGGUUUGCACGCUGAACCGCCGGCACCAUGCAGUCAGAUGACGUUAUCUGGGACACACUAGGAAACAAGCAAUUUUGUUCCUUCAAAAUAAGAACUAAGACUCAGAGUUUCUGCAGAAAUGAAUACAGCCUGACCGGACUGUGUAAUCGGUCAUCUUGUCCCCUGGCAAACAGUCAGUAUGCCACUAUCAAAGAAGAGAAAGGACAGUGCUAUUUGUAUAUGAAGGUUAUAGAACGAGCAGCUUUUCCUAGGCGUCUCUGGGAACGGGUCCGGCUUCAUAAAAACUAUGAGAAAGCACUGGAGCAAAUAGACGAAAAUCUAAUUUAUUGGCCUCGUUUUAUUCGACACAAGUGUAAGCAGAGAUUCACCAAGAUCACCCAGUACCUAAUUAGAAUUAGAAAACUUACAUUAAAGCGACAGAGGAAACUUGUUCCCUUGAGUAAGAAGGUGGAACGGAGGGAAAAAAGAAGAGAGGAAAAGGCAUUAAUAGCUGCUCAGCUGGACAAUGCCAUUGAAAAGGAAUUGCUGGAGAGACUGAAACAAGACACGUAUGGCGACAUCUACAACUUCCCCAUUCAUGCCUUCAACAAGGCCCUGGAGCAGCAGGAGGCAGAGAGUGACUCUUCAGACGCUGAGGAGAAAGACGAUGAAGAUGAAGACGAUGUGGGAAAGAGAGAGUUUGUGGAAGAUGAUGAGGUGGAGGAGAGUGACAUAAGUGACUUUGAGGAUAUGGAUAAACUGGAUGCCAGUAGUGAUGAAGGUCAGGAUGAUGAAUCCUCCAGUGAGGAAGAAGAAAAGUCCCCUGAAGCCAAACAUAAAGGCAAAAAGCCCUUGAAAGGACCUUUGCAGAGAAAACGAGCCUACGUAGAGAUAGAGUAUGAGCAGGAGACAGAGCCUGUGGCCAAGGCCAAAGCUACAUGACUUCCCUUCAGACACUGAUAACAGGACUGAACAUUUUCAGUAUCCUCCUUUCUUCUACCUUACACCUGUAUAUACCUCCAGUUCUCACUCUUUCAUAUGGUAUUUCACACAAUAUUUGUGUCUUUGAUAUUUAUGCUGCUUCUGUGGGGCAAGAAAUCUGGGAGUGGAAAGCGCCUUAAGUUGUGAACAGAGUAUUUUUAUAGUGUUGGCAUAUGUUUUGAAGUAACAGCUUGAGCCCAAGAAGCUUAACAGAUGAAUUUGUGGGUAUAAAUAUUUCUAGAUUUUCAAUGCUACCCACCUGUUUUCUUUGGUAUCCUUCCUCCCCGCCCCCCACCUUUAUUUAGAAAUGUUCAGGCUUCAGUUGUUCUUGUUCUCCUUUCCCUACUUCUGUGGGAAUAAAAGAA